AUGUUUAGCGGGAGCAGUGCCUACGCGGCACCAACUGAUUUAGGAAGGAAAGCGGACAGACUCUCUUUCACGGAUGUCACAUGCAUGUACACACUUGUUGGACACGAGAAGGGUGUCAACUGGGCUGUUUUCCACGAUCAUCAACCGUAUGUAAUAACUGCUGGUGAUGACAAAACCGUCCGCAUAUGGAGGUACAACGGACCAAAUAUCUGGCAGACCAAUAUUUUGAAGGGGCACACCAACAAUAUAUGCUCGCUGAUUUUCCACCCGAACAGGGUCAGUUAUUUGCUAUCGGUAUCUGAGGACAGGUCUAUAAAGGUGUGGGACACGAAGAAGCGGGCACUUGCACACACCUUUACGUUGGAAAAAGACCGCUUCUGGAUUGUGCAAAGCGCCCAUGACUCCAACUACAUUGCCGCCGGCCACGAUUCGGGCUUAAUCGUAUUUAAACUAUUCAAAGAAAGGCCCAUCGUAACCGUUGUUGGAAACACUCUCUAUUACGUUUGGAACGAUGUCAUUUAUUCCAGCAACAUAGAGAAGGAGCUGGAGUUGGCCAAGGAAGAUGCGAAGAAGUGCACGUCAACGACCACGGAAGUCAAGGAGACUCGGUGCGGGCAUUCAUGUACGUGCCACGAUGAAGGGUCACAUGGAUUGUCGUUGGACGAUUUCCUGGGGUUCAGCACCUGCAUGCACCAAAACUCACUGGAGAACCAAGAGAAGUCUCAGAUAAGGGAUGAUUUGGUGUUCCCAUCACCGUCUGGCGAUUUCUGCAAGACGAAUCGCACUAAAAUCCUCAUGCUACAUGGCGUGGCUGAUUCUGAAGCUAUCGUAAAGCGUUUUAUGACGGCGCUACUGAUCCAAACGCCGAUACCAGCGGAUGUUGGGGCCACCGGCGGUCUCAUAUUCCCCUUUUCGAUGCACUACAACCACUAUUGCGCGGACAAAAGCCUGUUUCUCGUAAACUACACUUACAAGGGGAGGUCAUUCUACGAAAUCAUGAUACGGGAAAAUGCAACUAGCAACCUCAACGACCACCGGGCGACGUGCCAUAUUGGGGAAGCUGUGUCAGCAUGCUUCGUAUCCCGAUCUUUGGUUGCCGCCGUUAAUCCGUCCGGCAAAUUGACGGUGCACAAUCUGGAUGGAGAGGAAUUGUCUGACGUCAACAUAGACAUGAAGGUGGAUAAGGUCUUCUCAGUCUGUGUAAACAUCGUUCUUUUGUGGUCCAGCAGCGAGAAUGCGGUCAUGUUGUAUGACGUUGGGAUGAGGAAAACGUUGUGUACAUCACAUGGAACGUUAGGCAAGCUCUCCACCGUUGUUGUUUCUAAAUCAAAGAAGCUGAUUGCGGCGGUGUACCGCAAGUUCGUCGUGAUCUACGACAGGGACCUAAAGAAGCUUGCCUCCGUCGAAAUGCAAGGGAGAGUAAAAACCGCAGCCUGGCAUGAGAACAACGCGGUAUUCUAUGCUACAAGCGAUCGUAUUUAUUAUCUAAUGGUCAAUGGCGACUCGGGAGUCAUGCGCAGCAUAGACAAACCCAUUUACAUCGUCCGUAUAAAGGAUAACGCGUUAUACGUCAUGCAACGCAACCACAAGUGCUACAAGAUGGACAUCGUGUCGAACGAAUUCUUCUUCAAGAUGGCCUUGUAUCACAACAAGGUGGAAACCGCCAAGAAACUGAUAGAAACGGGGAAAAUACAUGGUUACGCUAUGGUUUCCUACCUAAUUGAAAAGGGCCACCCGUCUUUGGCCCGGAUGAUCAUCUUGGACCCCCAAAUGAGGUUUGAUUUGGCACUCAGCUGCGGCAACCUCGAUGACGCCUUUGAAGACGCACAAAUUUUGGAUGACACUGAGGCCUGGAAGAGUCUUGGUAACGCGGCAUUGGAGCAAGGAAAUUGCGUCAUCUCCGAAGUUGCGUUCCAGAAGGCCAAACUUUUUGACAAACUCACAAUGCUCUACGUGAUCACAGGAAACACCACCAAACUCAAGAAGAUGAUGAACAUCUGCAAGUUCAGAAAUGACAUUCCAUCGACCAUACAGCACGCCCUGUACUUGGGUGACAUGGGUGAGCUGGCUAACAUCCUGAAGGAAAACAAGAAAAACAAGCUGGCUGAAAUAUGCGAGGCGACUUACGCAAUCAAUGGGGAGGGCACUGAGGUAGGACGGCCAAAUGCGUCUUAUAUGGUUCCCCCGCAACCUGUACACAGAGCUACGGCUGAGAAUGUAAAUUGGCCUGUGACCGCACUUGAGGCUGUCGUUCGGGAGCCCUUGUGUUAUGACAACGCCGACGCAGCUGAGGCGGAUAUUGAUAUUGUGACCAUGGAGGAGGCCAAUCAAAACAAGCAGAGUCGAGUGAACGCUGAUAUUUGGGGCACAAUAGACGAAAUAGAUUCCAUGGAAUAUGCUAAUGAUGACUCUAACGUCACUGCGGAAGCGGAAGAAGGCAACAGCCAUGAUUCGCAUUGCCGAUCGCCCUUGGACUUCAUAUCUAUAGGUGAAACUGGACGUGCUUUGGAUAUGCUGGAGCGAUCGUUUGGACUGGAUGACAGGGCCUCGCUGGAGGAAAUUCUCGCGAAGGCACACAUUUCGUCGCAAGCGUCACAUCAAUCGCAAUCACACUAUGCCGAGAGCUGGAGUAGCAUCCUCAACCACGAGUAUGUGGCCGGCAUAAUGAACCGGGGAUAUGCGCACGUCACGGCUGGUGCAUUCGAGGACGCCACGACUGAGUUCAGACAUGCGCUGAAGCACUGGAUAUUCCUCGUCAGCGCAGGCUCUCGCGAAUACAUUGACCAGUGCCGUAUCUAUGUAACGGCGAUGCUGCUCGAGGAGGAACGCGAGAGGCUGGCCGACACUGAUAUCCGCCGGUCUCUUGAGCUCGCUGCGUACUUCUCGUGUUGUAACAUGCUGCCCCAACACCAAUACUUGGUGAUGCGCCGCACCAUGGGCAUCAUGUGGAAGGCACAAAACUACAAGAGCGCGGCACGGAUCGUAACUAGGCUCAUGUCACAGGAUGUAUCCAGCAUCGAGGGCGCUGAAGAGGAGAUGCAGAAGGCAAAGAGAAUAUACGCGCUCUGCGAGCAGAAGGGCAUUGAGACGCACACACUUGAUUAUGACGAAGAGGAUGAAAGGGAUCUGAGCAUAUGCACGAUUAGUCUCGUCAAAACAAAGGGGCAGCCUACGGUGCAAUGCCGAUUCUGUCACGCAGUAGCCUUAGAGAAAUACGUCUCGCAGAUUUGCAGCAUAUGUCGGCUCUGCAAACUCGCCAAAUGA